AUGCGCUCCACAUUCAUCCUCGCAUGCUUGGCCUCGUCAGUCUGCACCGUGUUCGCAGGACCGUGUCUCCUCCCAUCCCCAGACUCGCCUGUUAUUGACCCCCUCCCCCUCCCCUCCCCCAAACAGAAAACUCAAAGACGGAGUGUCCAAGUCCGCACACUUGAAAACGCUCCUGUCCGGAUCCAAAGUCGCAUACACUACGGCCAGCCUUCCAAGGCUACGCCGCGCAACUCGACGACCAAGCCUUGGACUAUGUUCGGAAAUCCAAGGACGUGGAAUCGAUUUUCCAAGACGUCCAAGUCCAGCUUGAGGAAAUGUCAAGUUGCCGCGCGUGGUAUGGGCUAUGAGAGUUCACCUCUUGUCAAAAGAGUGAAUGGCACGGGCGUGGAUAUUUACCAAAUUGAUACUGGCAUAUACACUGCCCACACGCAAUUCGGCGGUCGUGCCAAGUGGGGAGCUACUUUUGGUGGAUACCCGAACGCGGACGGAAAUGGACACGGUACAGCCCUGGCGAGCAUCAUCGUAGGCUCCACAUAUGGAGUCGCUACCCGGGCCAACAUCACGGCUAUCAAAGGUGAGUCGAUCAAGAUCAAUCACGGAGCAUCCAUUACUCACAUGAUCGACCUCGCUCCACAAGCCUUUGGCGACGACGGCUCUGCGAAUCUGUCGGACAUCAUCUCAGGUAUCAACUGGGUGAUCACCAACUCUGGACCCGCGGCUACCAGAAAGGCAAUCAUCAGUAUUACUGUGACGAUUUCCGGGUACCAGCCCUUUGACAAUGCAGUUACCAACGCCCUCAACGCCGGGAUCCACGUGGUCGUCCCUGCCGGAGACCAAAACGUGGAUGCAUCGACGAUCAGCCCGGCCCGGGUGGCGGCUGCUGUGACAGUCGGAGCUGUGGCCGCAAACGGAAGCAAGCUUGCAACUUCGAACUUUGGCUCUGUCGUCGACGUCUGGGGUCCCGGAAGGAAUGUCCCCGUCGCGUGGAUUUCGUCGCCUAGUGCAGCGCUGACCCUGGUGGGGACAACCGCAUCAGCUGCCUCUAAUGUCGCCGGGAUCCUCGCUGUUGCGAUCGAUAACCACGGAAACAAGAGUCCCGCGGCACUCCAAGCCGACUUGAAGAGCAAUGCACAGACCGUGAAUGGGUUCUUGAUUCCCAAGGUUUGGUAA